UUCGAACAUUAUUGUCAGUUCUCUUCUUCUAGCAUACUCUGACACGGUAUACUCCCAAGGCCGAUACUUACCGCAUAUGUAUCCCCUCACUUAAUUAUGAGAGAAGAAGAAAUUGAAGGGAAAAAAAGUAACCAAAUUAUCACGCCUAAUAUUAUUUUGUUUCGAACUAUUACUAGGUACCUACCUACGUAGGUCCUAGGUAUCGCGCAGUCGCGUCGGAGAUUCCAGAAUAUUUCUAUUUACGGAAUCAUGCCCUACAUACAUACAUAUGUAAGAACCCACGCAGCCCACGCUCUCGGCAUAAUUAUCUGUGGCACGCAUAUCAUGUAUGUAGGCUGUAUGCGUGUGCGAUGAUGAAUGAUGUCUCUGAUGGAUCGACGAUAUCAUGCCUGUCAUGAAACGUCCUGAAUCAUAGACCAAGCCAUUUACGGCAACCCCUAAUCCUAGCCGUCGAUCACACACCCGAGAAGAGAAGUGUUCCCGUUUUACAUAGUAAAUGAGUAAAUGUUUUCAAACAACGAGACCGGCGAUGGUGCGAUAUUCUAUUGCUGUCGGCAGGGCUACGAGACAGCAAAACUGCCAUCGUGAGAAGCAAGCCCAGAACCAGAUUGGUGGCGAGUUGUUUCACUACCAUCGACCACGAGCGAGAACAUACAUAUUUCUCACAUCCCUAGGUACCUAGUAGGUACUGUACUACCUGAUUACUAGAUGGGAUAUGUAGUGCAGUAGUGCGUACUAUUAUCGUUUCCUACAUUCAAGAUUUCAUAACGCUGUCCCUGUCGCAUAAACACGAGCCUCGGAUCUUCAGCCCCUGGAGCAGAGAGCAGGAGCUCCGGGGAUCUGUGUGCUUUAACGAAGUAACAUCGCUUGCUGUUCGUUCGAAUUUCGAAGUUCGAACCCCAUGACGAAGUGGAUCAUAUGUUUAUCAACUCCCUGCAUGCCUCUCUACUAUGCAGCGUAUCGUGCACUGUCCCACCCCCAUCUUCACAGCCCUCCGUUCAAGGUUAGAAGAUCGUGUAGGGGUCAUCGGGAUCUCAUAGUACUUAAAACUGGCCGAGCCACAUACCGUCUACGAGGUUUUUCUCUCCAGACUCUUCUCUCAGUGUCCGUCUCUUCGACCACUCCUCAAUAGGACCUCGUCGCCUCACAAGUAUUAGCUGCUUGUUUUCUGUUCUAUUCAUAACCUCGCCGGAAUAGACCGUCCUAUCUUUUAAUCGAAACCAGCUUCGAGCCAUUCAUUCGCACCUUACCUUCUUCAAAUUUACGGGCUGAGCCUCUUUUUUUCACAAGCUUCUUUAAUCAACUAGGCUUUCUCAACCCCAGAGCUAUCAGCUAUCAGAAUACUCGAGCUCAACUAGGACGGCUUCAAUUCAGAAUUAUUCAGCCACAAGCAAAAAUGCAGUCGCGAUUCCAGACCAUCCGAUCGCGAUUUUCGCCUAGCGUUCUGCGCACAUCAUUCCGCCGCUCAUCCUCGGCCUCGACCACCUCGACGAGUUCCUACCAUUCAUGCAGCUCGACCUCCUCGUCACCAGUAAGCACGAUCAACGCCGUGUUGUUUAGGCAGCCAUCAAUUGCCGAUCUGGAAGAGGAGAAGAGAUGCUCCGGCCCUGAGUUAAGCGUACUCGAACCCAGGCCUAUCGUAUACUGGGGCGGUGUCGAAGAGCGGAUGGGAUCCUUGAAUUUCUAAAUUCAAGCCUGCGGCGACCAUCUCCAUCUUAGCCACCGAAGUUGAGUUUGCUCGAUCAACAUUGGUGUAGACGGAAUGGUACCCGAGCCUUAUUUUCGACCUAUUUUUUUCUUCUUCUUCUCAAGAACCUAGAUGGCUUUGGCUUUGCGCCUAAUUUUAUUCGAAAUUUGGGUGCCCCCUGGAGGAGAUCCGCUUAUGACUUAGAGGUCACGACAUGACGGUACGGGAUUUAUUGACUGAGGAUAUGUAAUUCCUCUCCCGAUAAUGGGACACGAACAUAACUUGAGACUCACAAACGGCUGAGAUACGGGGUUUGGAAGGAACAGGGCUAAUGGCGCUCGGUGAGGGUUAUUCGGGAUUAGAGCGCGUGUGCUCUGUAACUGAUUUUUCAGGUAGAGAUUUCCCAGAUAUUUCAGAGCGAUCAAAAUGAGAGAAGGCUUGUUCUUCGGACAUGCUAGUUUGCCAAAUCAAUUGUUCAUAUUAAGAAACUCUGUCCGGUCGUGGUGUUUGUACUAG